AGAUGCCGCUUUCAGGGAGCGGGACUCGAACCCGGAAGCUUAUAAGAAAUCCCGCUAUGCACUCCGACGAACCAUCAAACAGGCGAAGAGUCAAUACAGGACUAAGAUUGAAUCGUACCGCAACAGCUCUGACGCUCGUCGGAUGUGGCAGGGCUUGCAAACUAUUACAGACUACAAAGGGAAGCACAGCCUCUAUCUGCCCAGUGACAUGAACCUACCAGAUGAGCUAAAUUACCUAAACUGCUCACUUCGAGGCCAGCAACACUGAAGCGUGCAUGAGAGCAUCAGCUGUUCUAGACGACUGUGUGACCCCGCUCUCCUCUCUGUGAGUAAACCCUUUAAACAGGUCAACAUUCACAAGGCCGCAGGGCCAGACAGAUUACCAGGAUGUGUACGCCGAGCAUGUGCUGAUCAACUGGCAAGUGUCUUCACUGACAUUUUCAACUUCUCCCUGACAUGUUUCAAGCAGACCACCAUAGUCCCUGUGCCCAAGAACACUAAGGUAACCUGUCUAAAUGAUUACCGACCCGUAGCACCCGUAGCACUCACUGUAGCCAUGAAGUGCUUUGAAAGGCUGGUCCUGGCUAACAUCAACACCAUUAUCCCAGAAACCCUAGACCCACUCCAAUUUGCAUUCUGCCCCAACAGAUCUACAGAUGAUGCUAUCUCUAUUGCACUCCACAAUGCCCUUUCCCACCUGGACAAAUGGAACACCUAUGUGAGAACGCUAUUCAUUGACGACAGCUCAGCGUUCAACACCAUAGUGCCAAAGCAAAAAAAUUAUUUAUUUAUUUACUCAGACAGUUCCCUUGGUAAAACAUCUUUGUAAUUACCCCAGCCAACUCUAUCAAAGAUAUUCUUCACCCAUCGCACACAAUCUGCAGCACAUUAGUGAUUUCCGCCUGCAGUCAAAGGUACAUGUUCUAGACAGGCGGCCACACAAAUUGUUAACAUUUAGCCCAUAUCUAUAGUAUGUUUUAGCUUUGGUUGUGACUAGUGUCUGUGAGUUUGAUGGUUAAUGUGUAACCCCCACAAACUAACUGAACCUGGAUUCGUGGAGAUGUGCUUUGAUAAGCCAGCUGGUGUUGCGUGCUGAGUCACUGGACACACGACUGGACAAAUAGGUGACAAGUUAGCUCACAUAAUGACAGUUUGACUGGGCCCACACCACCGCAAGACAACGCUGUGUCUGAACACUGCCUGAAAAGCGCAUGUUGGACUGAGAAUAUUUGGACAUCACUUUUACAUCACUUGGUUGAACGACACUCAACUCGGGACUUACGACUACUAGUUGGUCGGAACACCGCUCAACUUGUUCUAAAUACUACUCCACUACACUAUCUUGGUUGGACUACCACUCAACUUGGUCUGGCUACCGGUCAACGUGGUCUAAAAACGACUUAACCAGCUUGGACCGACUUCCUCCGUCCAAGUUUCAGACCCUGACCCAUCUUGAGUAGUAACCCUGCUUCAGGGGGUCAUGGAUGGUGGCUCUAAAUGCCCCAGGGGUCAGCUCCUGCACCUGGAUGUGUGUGUGGAUGAGCAGAAGCCUCGCGGCGGUGUCCUAGAGCUCCUCGGGAGACUGAGGCCCCAGUGGAAGCCACAGGACAUCAAGAUGAAGGUGUUCACAGAGGGCAUCACCAACCAGCUGAUGGGCUGCUUCGUGGGUUCGCUCCAAGAGUCAGGGGCCGUGCUGGUGCGUGUGUACGGGAGGAUGACAGAGCUCUAUGUGGACCGGGAGAGAGAGGUGGAGAUGUUCCAGAUACUCCACACUCACAACUGCGGCCCGCAGAUCUACUGCAGCUUCCGGAACGGCAUCUGCUAUGAGUUUGUGAGGGGGACCGUGUUGGACGACACACUGCUCACACAGCCUGCCAUCUAUAGAUUGAUUGCGACAGAAAUGGGAAAAAUCCACUCGAUCAAGCUUGAAUCGGACAACCCUGUGGAGAAUAUUCUGUGGAAGAAGAUGGCCCAGUUUCUCAAACUUGUCGAUAAUGCUCUGAGCAACACAACAACACCACAUAGUUCCAAGCUGCUGCAAGAGAUCCCUAGCAUCGAAACCCUGUCAGAUGAAAUAGAGACGCUGAAAAGACACCUCUCUCAGAUCGGCUCGCCAACCGUGCUGUGUCACAACGACCUCCUGACUAAAAAUAUAAUCUACGACAACAAAGAGGGCAUGGUGAGAUUCAUUGAUUAUGAGUAUGCUGAUUUUAACUACCAGGCCUUCGACAUAGGCAACCAUUUCAAUGAGUUUGCAGGUACGAGUGACACUGACUACAGCCUGUAUCCCAGACCUGAACUGCAGAGGGACUGGUUGACUGCUUACCUUGAGAGCUACAAGCACAGUGUGGGUCUGGAGGCUACAGUUACAGAACUAGAGGUUCAGAAGCUCUAUGUUCAAGUCUGCAAGUUCUCACUGGCCUCCAACUUUUUAUGGGGUCUCUGGGCAAUCCUGCAGGCCAGAUAUUCCUCAAUUGAUUUUGACUUUGAAAGGUACGCCAUAACCCGAUUCGACUACUACUUUGAGAAGAAGGAAGAAUACUUUGGAUUGACUCUCAGUUAGAGAACCGAGCCUGAAGAAAUGUAAACAGUUCAGGUCUGCUGCAUCUUUAUUUGAAUUUAAGAGAGUAUUUUUAUCGACACAAUGCUGAAAGGUUGCAAAAGAAUGCGGGCAAUAUAACCAUGUGUGUUUCCAGAAAAUGUACACUUGAUUGUUACAGUUUCCUAAAAAAGAAUGGUGUAAUUUCAACUGAUUCGUCAAAUAUUUGUUUUAUCACAGUGAGGUUGGAGAUAACCUCAUUUGGCAAAUUGACAUGGCUUCCAGGCCAGAAAGAUGUUCAUUUACAUUUAGCCAAGUUACUCAAAGCAACAAGAACUAAUAUUAAAAUCAUGAGGGUUAUUUCCAGGCUUAUUCAACAUUAAACUCAGUUGAGAUUUUUUUUUAAAUGUCCCCUGGCAUGGAUUUUCAGUGUUGUAUUAUUUCAAGAUGGUAUUACCAUCAUGCUCUGUUUCAAUUGUUUUGUUAUAAGACUGCUCUCUUCUGUUGCCCAAAAUAUGAAUAUUAGAUAAAUAAAUUGUUCAUACAAUGUACAUCGAACAGUACAUUGUACAUUAUAUACUGCA